AUCAGAAGGGAUUAAGUGAAACCGCCAGUUGCUCAAAUGCUCAGUGUAAGUAAAACCCACAUUACAUUUGAGUUUUUAAAUUUAUUGUUUUUUUACAGCAUUCGUUCCACACGAAACAAAGGCAAACGAUGCAAAGUCGGUAUGGUAUCAUUAUUUGGUUACUAGAGACAAAAGUGAGGUAGCCAAAUGCAAAAAGUGCAACAAAAUCUUACAAACGAAACUAAGGGCUUACACACGCAUUUAAAAACACACAAUUCAAACAUUGUGCCUUAGCGAGAUGAACGUGAUGAGUCGCCCGAGCAUAUUCCUUGCAAGCAGCAAAAGAUUGUAAACUUUUUUCCAAGUAAAGCUUAAAAUACUCUUGAGGCUAUGUUAGCGCGAAUGACUGCAGUCGACGGAUUUACCUUUUCAGCAUUUGUUAAGUCGGCUGUCUUGCGACAAUUGAUGAUUUCAAACGGUUUCCACGUACCUAGAUCGCGGGAGACGAUUCGAAGUAUGGUGCUUAAUUACCGGAAAGGUAUUCAAAAGAACGUUGUGGAAGGAAUUCAAAAAUUUUAUAGAGACGGUGAAAGAUUUAGCUUGGUAUUUGAUGAGUGGACGUCCAUCUCAAAUAAACAUCAUUUAAACAUUAACAUAUUUUCCAAAUCAAAAUUUUAAAACUUGGGUCUAGUUCGUUAUAAAUGUUCAAUGACAGCUGAAGUGUGUGUCGAAAAAUUGCAAGAGCGUUUACUUGAUUUUCAAUUAAAUCUUGACCAAAAUAUUGUAGCUAUAACAACGGAUGGAGCAAGUACGUUGAUUAAAGUCGGAAGGCUUAGAGAACCAUACCAGCAGCUGUGCUUUGCGCACGGUCUCCAACUAGCAAUUAUCGAUGCUCUGUAUAAAAUUGAAUCAAGACCUACAACACUCAACGAAGCUGAUUGCAAUUAUAGUGACGACGAUUUCGAAGAUUUAGACGAAGAUGAUGGUCUUAUUAUUUAUAAUGGUAGUGAGCCAGUUAAAUACACUGAAAAGUUUUAUUUAAAUUUAAUUAUUACAAAAGUUCGUAAAAUUGUGCGUUCAUUUAGAAAAACGUUCCACGAAAAACAACGCGUUGCAGAAAUAUGUUAAAACUGAACAUAACAAAGAGCUGAAGCUUAUUUUAGACUGUAAAACAAGAUGGAGUAGUCUUUUACAAAUGUUGCAGCGUUUUGUUUUACUUGAAACAAGUAUUAGGAAAGCAAGAAUUGAUCUCAAAAUUACUUAUUUACAAAGUUCCGAAAUUAAAAUUAUUAAGGAAGUUGUCAGCAUACUUCAGCCCAUAAAAUGAACUAUUGAAGCUUUAUUCUCGAGAGAGAUGAAUUUACAUAAAUUCGAUGUAGCGUUACACUUAAUGCUAGAAGAAAUAAAACAAAAUAAAUUUUUUUUAAGUAAGGUUUUACUUUCGGAAAUUAUUAAAAGAAUUAAGCAGCGUCGAACGAUUAUGUCAGACGUUUUCUCCUUUUUAACGAAUCCUAUUAACAUAUAUGAGCUGAAGUAUGAUUUUUGUAAAUAGCCGUCUUUGCCUACAAUUAAAAAAGAGCUUAUAACUAUACUUUUAAAAUUACAGCCUGAGCGUAUUUUUGAAGAAGAUUUAAAUGAAUGUACUCAUAGCAUCACUAAUGUAAACGAAAGUUUUAAAGAAAAAUUUCAUAAUUUAUUGAAUCAAUCUACUCAAACUUCCACAAAUCGAAAAAGUUAUAAUUUAUCCGACGUGCUGGUAAAAGAACUUGAAAUAUUUUGUAAUGGAGGAGAUAGAGGUUAUUAUCUUCAAAUGGCUUAUAACUUCCUUUUGACAGUUCAACCGACAAGUGUUGAGUCCGAAAGAUGCUUUUCAUCAGCAGGUUUUGUAUGUAAUAAGUUUAGGUCCAGAUUAGAAGACUCCACCUUGAAUGCUUUGGUGUUCUUGCGUUCUCAUUUUAAAAGCAAUAAUAGUAAUUAAUCUUUUUUAAUAUGACUUUAGUUAUAAGAUUUCUUAUUUUUGAUUGUUUUUUGAUGCCAGUGUUAAAAUUUCCUAUUGGGUCAUUGGUAGAGCUUUCCGGCCGGUAUAUUAAAAAGGCAAACUGUGUUUCCUCUUUCUCCUACGCGUUUCGGCGUACUUCACGCCUUCAUCAGGGAGUCUGAUUUAUUGCAAAAAAACAAAACAUAAUACACACAACAAUUAGACAUAGUUACAUAUGACUGGAAAUUAUACAUACAUAUACAUAUACAUAUCUUUUUUAUCACAAUAGCACUUACAUAUUAAAUUAGUGUAACUAUUUACAUUACAGUAAACGCAAAACAUUUAACUAAACACUUUUCUUUUGUUGACGUCACUGUCUUCGCCCAUCUGAGUUGUUACUUUGUAUUGCCGUCCGGUACGCACAGUUUAUAUUGUCAACGUCCUCUUUAAAGUUCAUCGCGGCCCUUAUCCUCUCCUGUAUUCGCAGACUCUCCAAAGUUAAUCUUGUUUUUUCUCGUCUUUCCACGUCCAAAAUUAUGGUGUUCUCAAAAUCUGCCAUGCGUUCGCUAUUCGUCAAGUGCUGUGCAAGUGCUGUUGUCUUCCUAUUUUUCGCGUCUGCUUGGUGUUCACUAUUUCUGACUCCAAGCGCUCGUUUAGUCGUGCCUAUGUAUACUUUGUUACAUAAUGUGGUCUAUCAAAUCCAAUGCAAAGGUAAAGUCAACGAAAACUGUAACAAAGUAUAUAUAGGCACGACUAUUUAUUGUGUGUAUUAUGUUUUGUUUUUAUGCAAUAAAUUAUACUCCCUGAUGAAGGCGUGAAGUACGCCGAAUCGCGUAGGAGAAAGAGGAAACACAGUUUGACUUUUUAAUAUACCGGCCGGAAAGCUCUACCAAUGACCUAAUUUCUAAUUUUUUUUU